UCGCAUGGUGGGCAUAUGGGGGACUGGUGGAAUAGGAAAAACUACAAUUGUGAAAGCUGUGUUUAAUUCAAUUCGCCAUAAGUUUGAAUGUUGCUGUUUCUUGACAGAUGUUAGAUCAAAAGACCUAGCCCAACUGCAAGAGACACUUUUGUCUGAUAUUUUAAACUCAACUUUGAAGGUGAGCAGUGUUGAUCAAGGAGUCAGUUUUAUAAAGACAAUGAUGCGACAUAAAAAAGUUCUCUUAAUCCUUGAUGACGUGAGUGAUUCUAGCCAAUUAGAUAAAUUAGUUCCAUUCCCUAAUUGUUUUGGGCUGGGCAGUAGAAUUCUCAUUACAACAAGAGAUAAACGUUGGCUAAUUACUCAUGAAGUUGAUGAAGUAUACGAGGUCAAGAUGUUAAAUGAUCGUCUUGCUUUGGAGUUGUUUAGCUUGCAUGCAUUCAAAAGUAAUGGACCUCCACAUGCUUACCUGGAACUUGCACGACAUGCAGUACGCUAUGCCCAAGGCCUUCCAUUAGCUUUGAUAGUUUUAGGCUCCCAUCUAUUUAAUAGAAGUAUGGAGGAGUGGAAAGCUACAAUAGGUAGUUGUAAAGGAGGUCCUCAGGCAGAUAUACAGAAAGUUCUCAAACUAAGUUAUGAUGCUCUAAAAAAGGAUUUGCAAGAACUAUUUCUUGAUAUUGCUUGCUUCUUUAAAGGUAUGCAUGCAGCCCAUGUGAAACCAAUACUAGAAGCUUGCUACGACCACAAAACAAUGGUGAUUGGUAUUGCACAAUUGCAAGAAAAAGCCUUGAUAAGAAUUGACAAAGAACAUAUUUGGAUGCAUGACUUGAUAGAAGAAAUGGGUAAAGACAUAGUGUUACAAGAGUCACCUGAUGAACCCGGGGAACGCAGCAGAGUGUGGAGUGCAGAAGAUGUCAACUAUGUUCUAACAAAUAAUAAAGUAAGUAUAUUAAUGAUGUUUUGUGUUUUUCAAUUUGGAAAGCAUUUUAUAUUGAAUGAGACCUUGAAGAAAACUAUAUUGAAACAAUAA